UCGAAUUGAAUCAAUAUUUUGUUUAAUCAAUUUAUUGGAUCUUUGAACAGAGCCCGUCGAUGCAAGGGGAAGCGACGAUGGGCGGGUGCGAGAGGCUGCAGAAGGCGCUCUGCGAGUGCCAUAAGCGUGUUGGAUCAUCAUCUCGGACGCGCGAUUCGGCGUGUCGGCACCUGAACCGUGCGCUGGUGCAGUGCCUGGUGUCGGAGGCGUGCCCGGAGGAGUCGGAGGCGGUGCGAAGCUUGUGUGCGAGCGGUGGAACCGCACUCAAACGAUCUCAGUGCCAGCAAGCCCAGCUCUCUCUCUCUGUCUGUAUCUCUUCUCAUACCUCCUAACAAAUUACCCUUUUGUCCAACAAAGUCAUUGUAAUCUUUAAUUAAACUGUUUAAAUAAUAUUUUUAUCAAUAUCAUGUGCCAUAUUUUUCAAAUU